ACUCUGAGGCAGACUUCAUAAAUAGCAGCAGCAGCAACAGGAGGUACAGGAAGAAAGAACUAGUGACACAAUGACGAUGAGCAAACUGUCCCACAACAAGAUGAAAGUGACAGAAGUGGAGGAGUUUCUGAGGAAACCACCAGCUGGUUUUUCUGUGGAGACUCUCAGCUCGGGUUACAGAGUCCACUACACCCAGGAGAAGAAUCUGGUCCUCAUCGAUGACUUCCAGUCCUGCAUGGGGAACAUAGUUUUCCAGAACUCGUUGGGAAGAAAAGUCAAAAUGCACGAUCUCUGGGAGUACACCAGCUUCAGAAAGAAUCUACUGUCCAAGACCAUCUAUCUGCUGGUGUCUGCCUGCGAGAGAAACUUAUCAGUGAACAACAAAAAUGCAGCCGGCGAAGUCAGAGUGCUGAAGCAGUACGUGGUGUCCUUCGAUGGCAGUCAUCCCCUCAUCAAGUGGCACAUGGAGAAAGGCCUGGACUGGACUAUCUCCUCUGUGGCUGGGGAAAGCUACAGGGUGGAUAUUGACUUGACUGAGGAGCUGGAGAGCUGGGCAGUAAAAAACUUCACAACUGACAACCCGAAUAUAGUCAAACCUAUGUGGAAAGACGCCGGCUUCACUUUAAAAUACUAUUCCGAUGCCCUCUUUGACUUCCCACACUGGCUUGGCUUCAGCAAGAGAACAUUUAAGCUGAAACUGACAUGAGCCAGGUGUGGACAAAGAGCGAAGAAAAGUCAAGUUUAUCUGCUCAUUGUUUGGCAGAGACUGCGCCUACUUCUUCAAGAAAACAGAGAAAAAGGAGCCUCUUGAUCAACAGAUUUAUGGUUGUAACAUCAGCCAACCAAGUGAAGAACUCUGACCUCUGAGGGCUGCAGGAGUUACGCUGUUUUAGCCGCAGGGUUCACAUUAUUCUCAUGUUCAAUGGGUGGAGACCACUGAGAAUGCUGAAAAAUUGUGAAUGCCAUCAAGAUUGUAAUGUGUAUAAACAGAUUUUUAAGCGUGUAAAUAUUCAUUUACGUCACAAUUUCCAACUGUUUUGCUGUAUAAAUGGUUAAAAGGGUCAAAUCUGUGCUGGUCUGAAGCACAAUGUUUGCAUACUUUUGUACUUUUAAGAAUCAGCAUGUACAUAUAAGUUUUUUUUUAUUUUAUUUUUAUUUUCAAAUACAAUAAAAGCUUUUAAAAAACAUGAAAA